AUGAGCAGUGAUGAUGAGUUUGACAGUGACGCUUACAAAGCAUACGAGGAUCAGCUGUAUGGGGAGCACUCUUCCUCUGGAAGUGAAGAUGAUGCAGACAGUGAAAUAGAAGAGACAAUCUAUAGCCAUGUGCAUUACGCUUCUUCUCUAUUGGUAUCAGAGAAGUCUACUCCAGAUAAGAGAAUAUCAAAGAGGACAGAUGGGUUAGUUUCAGAAUCAGAUACUGAAAAAGACAAGGAUCAGUCAGACAACUCUGUGAUUGAAAUCUCCAGUGACAAUGAAGAGGACAGUGAUGAUGAUGACAACAUGGACGAGGGCAGUGAUGAUGAUGAUGAGAAUGAAGGUGGAAAGGAUCAUAAUAAUAUUAACACUGGAGAUUUGGUGGACAGUAAUAAUACACAGGAGAAUUUGAAUCUAAAAUCUUCAUUUAACUAUCCAGAAAUUGUCAAUCUCUUUCCUGAUGAAAAUGUUCCCACUUCAGAAGACAAACUAAACAAGAACUCAACACUUGAAAAGAAGAAAGGAGAGCAAGGGGAGAUAACAGAAAACUGGGACUUGAUUGAAAGGGACCUUGAGGACCCCAGAGUAAACAAGAAACGUUCAAGAUAUUACACGCCUGGGAAGGAACUACCACAUAUGAGGUGUUUCAAUUGCAAUGAAAAGGGUCACCUGUCACAAUUUUGUCCAGAACCCAAGAAAACCAGCGUAUGCUUCUUAUGCGGAGGUUCUGGACACGUGAAGAGAUUCUGUCCGAAUGAACUCUGCUUCAACUGCCGUGAACCCGGUCACAAGUCAAAGGAUUGUAGGAUGCCCAGACGACGGCCAUUCGAUCGCUGUAACAGAUGUCAUGUGCUCGGUCAUUUUGCAGUUGAUUGCCCUGACCGUUGGAGGCAGUACCAUCUUACAAUACAAGUGGGUCCAAUAACUCGUCCUGAAAGACCUUUAUCUCCUCCGAAGUCUGUAUCUUGUUAUAACUGUGGCCAGCAGGGUCACUAUGGACAUCUGUAUACAAACUGGUUCAUUGAUACAGAUUUUUUUUUUGUUUUCUUUUCACAGUUGCUCACUAUUUGUUAUCAUCUUGUUCAACUGAUAAUAGAAUAUCUUUUUCUCGCCUCCUGUAUAGUGUCUCUUUACACUGACGACUACCAAAGCAGGAACUUCGAUAAUUCACCUUAUUCAGAUCGUAAAAGGAAAAGGAAAAGGCAGAAGGAUAAUGAAACGAAUGGAAGGAACGAGCGUUUUGUUGAGAUUGUAGAACUCGAUCUCUCGGAGGAUGGCCUGGCAGAGGAACCAUAUCAAGUAAAUAGAAGGAAAAAGAAAAAGCAAGGAAAACAGCAUUGGCGAGGCGAGGAAAGUCUUGACGACAACUUCGACAAUCGACUGAUAAAUGCCCGAAGUAACUCACAUCAAAAAAACGACAGAAGAUUCCAAAACCCGCGUCACAAGAGAGAUUUCAAGCACAGGUCUUUCCACGACGGAGAGUUUGACUCUAGAAAUACUUCAUUUGAGCAAGCGAGAGACUUCAAUUUUACGUCCCGCAGAGGAUUUCGAUUUGACAAUGAGAAGCGUGGAAAGAAAUCCAAUGCGCAAUUCCUAAAGAGAUAUACUUUUUGAACUGUGAAUAUAUAUUUGAAUGACCUUUUGACGAUUUUAUUUGCACCUUUAACCAAGUUUCGUUUUUAAGCUUUUAGUCUCCAAUCCUCAGCUAAAUCUGUAUUUAUCUCAGAAUUUUUUAUGAUGUUUCAAAACAGUAUUACGAUUUAUUGGAUAAGUUUUUACCUGCAACUGACCAGAGACUAUUUUGUUGGCGUACUCAAAUUUCGACCUUCACAAAGGACAUCCUUACAUUUGAAUAACGGCAACGAAUUUUAUUAAACGAUCAGAAACCGA